GAAAGCUUCUUAAAAACUAGAGAAGUAGUUUCUUUCUUGGAGAGCAGCAAACCAGGAUGCUUUAGCGACUUUAAAACAUAAGCAGCUGCUGACCCACAUCUACACUGUAAAGAGCUUGGAACUUGGAGCAGACUGCUUGGCUGUACAGUAGGGGCUCCCUGGGAGCUGCCUUGGAGGUCACCACGGCUCCUUGCUUUAGGAAACUUUGAGAGCCCAAGCUGAGAAGGACCUUUUUUGUUGGCUGAGAAAGAAGAAUGCGAAAAGUUGGAAGACUUCUUCUGGUGCUUCUCUUUGGACGCCUGUCAUGGAGUAAGCCCUGAAAAGUUUUCAUUCCUUCCUUCCUCAAAUUAUCUCCCUCACUCCACAACACUAGGAGAAACCCUGCUUGGAGACCUCAAAAAGCACAGUCCAAGACACAGCACUCCACUCUCCUGCUGCUGCUGCCCACGCCUGGCCUGGUUUAUUUGCUGGCUUCCACUUGAUUUAGGCAAUGGGGAGAGGCGAUGCUGAGGAUGGACAGAUGCCUGAAAGAGUGAAGCCUCCAGAUGGUGGCUGGGGCUGGGUUGUGCUGUUGGGUUGCUUCGUCAUCACGGGCUUCUCCUACGCCUUUCCAAAGGCAGUGAGCAUUUACUUCAAGGAGCUGAUGCAUGACUUCCAUGUUGGCUACAGUGACACAGCUUGGAUCUCAUCGAUCAUGCUAGCUAUGCUGUAUGGAACAGGACCUGUGAGCAGUAUUAUGGUGAACCAGUUUGGAUGUCGUCCUGUGAUGCUCGUUGGAGGCCUCUUGGCUUCGUCUGGAAUGAUUUUAGCUUCAUUCACCACAAACAUUAUUGAACUGUACCUGACAGCUGGUGUGUUGACAGGUUUAGGCAUGGCUCUCAACUUUCAGCCUUCCCUGAUCAUGCUGGGGUCCUACUUUGAUAAGCGGAGACCUUUGGCGAAUGGGCUUGCUGCAGCUGGGAGCCCAGUCUUCCUGUCAGCUCUCUCUCCACUGGGGCAGGUUUUGUUGGAGAAGUUUGGCUGGCGAGGCGGAUUCCUCAUCAUGGGAGGCCUCCUGCUCAACUGCUGCACCUGUGGGGCAGUGAUGAGACCCCUAGAGAUGAGUAUGAAGACGACAAGAGAAAAGGCCCAGGACAAAUAUGAGGCCAAAGAGAUGCUGCCAAUGGGAGAAAGGGCAGACGAGGCCAUCAACACCACGGACAACACUAAGAAAGCCAAGAAAGCCAAGAAGAAGAAGAAGCCCAAGAAAGGCAAAAAGUUGUUAGAUUUUUCAAUCUUCAAAAACCGAGGGUUUGUCAUCUAUACGAUUGCCAUGUUCAUCAUGGUCUUGGGUCUCUUUGUGCCCACCAUAUUGCUGGUCAACUAUGCCAAAGACACAGGAGUGCCUGACAAAGAGGCUGCUUUUCUGUUGUCCAUCAUUGGUUUCAUCGAUAUCUUUGCCCGUCCAUCUUGUGGGGUUCUUGCUGGACUAAAGUGGGUACGGCCUCAUGUCAUCUACCUGUUCAGCUUUGCCAUGCUCUUCAAUGGCCUGACCGAUAUCAUCAGUGCCAAGGCCAGCACUUACACAUCUCUUGUCCUCUUCUGCAUCUUCUUUGGCAUCUCCUACGGCAUGGUGGGGGCCCUGCAGUUUGAGGUGCUCAUGGCCAUCGUUGGCUCACAGAAGUUCUCCAGUGCCAUUGGGCUUGUCUUGCUAAUCGAAGCCAUCGCUGUGCUUAUUGGGCCACCCUCUGCAGGGCGAUUGGUGGAUGCACUUAAGAGGUAUGAGGUUAUCUUCUACUUGGCUGGCUCAGAGGUUGUGUUGUCAGCUCUCUUCCUGGCCAUUGCUUCCUAUUGCUGCCUGAGAAGGGGGAAAAAGAAGACUUCUCAACCAGAGGAGAAUCCUCCUGGAGGUGGUGGUGGGAGCGAAACAGAGGAAGCCGAAUCUGACAUACAGGAAGGCGAGGACCAUCCUGGUGACCAUCCCCACCUCUCACACAGCAUCAACAACGCUGGGGGUGAUGUUGUGAAUCACAUUGCAGAGAACAGGCAUGUCGACGGAGCUGGGCAGCCAGAUGGGGAGGGUGAAGUUUUGGCACCAGGAGGAGGCAAUGUGGUUCACACAGUUGAAAGAAACAGUUUUUAACUAUAUGGAGGUUGAAUUCAAUCAACAAAGACAGUAUUAACAAUGCACGGGACCUAGUCUGGCUGAAGCAAAAGUAUAUAGGGAAAGCUGACAAGUUUGGAUGGUGGGAGGAGAGAAUAAUAGUAGCCUGAGAAUAGUGUUUUUUAUACAAUGGGAUGGCCCCAUGAACAGAGUUCCCUGAGGAAAACAAGCCAUGUUGUUCCCUUGAAUGUUCUAUGGAAUUCAUAUAUUUUCCUGCAAUGCAUGGACUACCUUGACAAACCUGAGAAUUAGAGCCGCUUAGUGACCAGGCUGAUAAUGUUGAUCUAUUUGAUACAUAUAUUUUUAAAAUUUCAUCUACAAACCCAGAGCCCAGGAAAGGAGGAAACAGUGUAAUAAUUACAAUGCUUAAGUAAGAUGUUGCUCCUUACCUGAGAAAGUAUAGGAUAUAAUUCUUUUAAUGUGCCAAAUACCAGAAGAAAAGAAAGCAAUAUGAUAUACUUGGAAAGAAUAGUGGAGUGCCAAAGCUUGUUAGAGAUCGUUUGUGAUAAGGUGAUGCCUACCGCUGGACACAUCUCUAUGAGUAAGGGAGUAUUCCUUCUGUAGAUUGGUUCUUGGUGACUGGAAUGUUGAUCUGACCAUAUACCAAGACAUGAGCUGGAUAUGGCCACUAUGUGAACGGAUUGGAAUCCUGUUAGUGAUUUAUAUGAGUGCAAUGCCUGUUACACUGAUGUAUGGCACUGUUUGGAAUGCUGUCUGAUUGUGGAGGGAAGAAAGCAAAGAGAGCUGUAUUGUCAAAGGCUUUCAUGGCCGAAAUCACUGGGUUAUUGUGAGUUUUCCGGGCUGUAUGGCCACUUUCCAGAAACAUUCUCUUCUGAUGUUUGACUGUAUCUAUGGCAGGCAUCCUCAAAUGUUGUGAGGUCUGAAAGAAGCCAGUAAGAAGCAAAGACCUUGAAAUUGCUAGGCCAUUAAAUGCUAAUCAAGGUGGCCAAUUGCAACAUUCACACCUACCUCAAAGAGAUAAGAGUUCUUUCUCUCACCCUAGACAUUCCACAGCUAUAAAAACCCCAUUUUCCUAGUUUCCAGCAGAUCUCACAACCUCUGAGGAUGGCUGCCAUAGAUGCAAGUGAAAUGUCAGGAGAGAAUGCUUCUAGAACAUGGCCAUACAGCUCGGAAAACUCACAACAACCCAGAGAGAGCUGUUUCCAUUGCCAGAGAAAUUUUGGGAUCUGGCAGUGUACUUUUCUCUGAUGAAAGAAAUGACUUUCACUGCCACUCUUAUACUUCCCACACUCUUCCUUGCAGUGCCUACUACCAUUUACCCCACCUUUUACGAUGGCAUAGUUUACACCAACCAACAGUACCACAGCCAGAAUCGUGGAUUAGAUGGGCUUUGAUAGAGCAUCUUAUAACAUCUUCUGCCAUUUUUGAUGCCAUUAAUGCCUAAACCUAUUGUUUAUGGCUUAUACAACCAGGGAGUUCUAAGAACUUAUAUAACUAAUGCAUUUCCAGAGAGACAGAAAUACUUCACAUUAAUGAGCAAUGUGCUUCUUGAAGAGAAGUCAGGGUUUUUGUUUUGUUUUUUGCUGUUAACAGAACCUGUUUUUUAUACCAGGAUUCACUUUAGCUUCCAUUCUAAUCCUUUUGAAAUGUGAAUGCUUGUAAUAAGUCAAUAAAAACAAUUGCUUUACCUAA